AUGAGGAAGUAUUUCAUUCACCAAACCGGCCCUGAGCUUCAUGACCUAAGGUCAUCACUUUGUAUCCAUCCAAUCUCCCAACAGUCCAACACCAAUGAUUGUGGCAAAGAUCUAUCACAAUCACACAUCCGUUUGCUACAAUCCCAAGGCUACUCCCACUAUCGCCUUCCCUUAGGCCGCCCUUCAAGAGAUUUUACCGUUGACGCAUGGAGCUUACCUUAUCACGCCAAAGCUCUUGUGAUCAUAAAGGCGAACAUUGACACCGAACACGGCCUAACGGAACCUCUAAGGGUGGAUCGACCUACUGAUUUUCCAAGAUUUCUAAGAGAUAUCACGUUUGUACUGAAGACUGGUCCACAGCCGGCCGAACGCACUCGGCCGGACAGGAAAAUUGGCUUCGCUCGGCCUUCUCCAGGACCGACCCGCACGUACGCACUGGCCAACCCGGGAGGAAAUGGACCAUGGUCGACCCAGAUCAUCACCUCAAGGCCGACCCCGACGGCCGACCACAAUCAUAGUACGGUUGACCCGAGCUCCGCGAAUAAGAAGCCCAGUUAUGCAGUUUGGACUAUUCUCGGCCCGUUUCACCUCAACUGA